AUGGGUAAAGAAGCAGCAGACAAGAAGGCUAGUAGCACUAGAGUUCACAAGAAGACUCAACCAGUUAGACUGUACACCAAGGCAGUAUUCACUGGAUUCAAGAGAGGCAAGUCAACCCAGCAUGAGCAGUUCGCCCUCUUGAAGAUCAAGGGUGUGAAUCAAAAGCAAGAUACCUCAUCCUACUUCGGAAAGAGAGUUGUUUACAUCUUCAAGGCAAAGAACACCACCAACAAUACCAGAUUCAGAACCAUUUGGGGUAAAAUCGUAAAGGCUCACGGAAACAACGGAUCAGUAAGAGCAAAGUUCGCAAGAAAUCUACCACCCAGAGCCAUGGGAUCUACACUCAGAGUCAUGCUCUUCCCCAACAGAAGCAUUUGA